CAUGUACCUUGCGUAUACGCCGAUUGAAAGCUUCUCCAACUCUUUAACUUGUAUAACUUCGUAUGCACAACGUUGGCUUUACUCCUAGGCCACGGUUGAGAGGAAGACCUUCCUUCUACGAUCUUAUCAAGUCAUCUGCUGCCACUACACCCCGACCCGACCUUGCUGCUGAUAGCUUCCCUGUUGUGAACCCCAGACUCCACAAGGAACUCCACGACCUGAUAGCCUCCACCAUCCCUCUUCCAACGUCGCCAACUCAUCAACGACAUCGCUCUCUGCCACAAUCCACCAGCUCGAUCCCAGAAGAGGUAGCUCCUCUCCCCGAACCUGUUACGCUUCCACACACCGACAUCACUAUGGGUCCUAAGAAGUCAGAGAAGAAGCCCGAGGGAGCUAAGGAUGUAGAGGCAGAAGAGCAGUAUGGCUCUAUCUACUCGGUAUCAGGCCCCGUCGUGGUUGCCGAGAACAUGAUUGGAGUCGCCAUGUACGAACUUGUUAAAGUUGGCCACGACAACCUGGUAGGAGAGGUCAUUCGAAUCGAAGCUGACCGGGCGACCAUUCAAGUCUACGAAGAAACCGCUGGUGUUACUGUUGGAGAUCCAGCUAUCCGAACAGGAAAGCCACUGUCAGUCGAGCUGGGUCCUGGCUUGAUGGAAACGAUUUACGACGGUAUCCAGCGCCCAUUGAAGGCCAUUGCCGAACAGUCGAACAGCAUUUAUAUCCCACGUGGUAUCUCAGCGCCGGCUCUGGACAGGAAGAAGCUCUGGGAGUUCAAGCCUCUCAUGAAGGUCGGAGACCACAUCACAGGAGGAGACAUUUUUGGAACCGUAUAUGAGAAUUCACUUCUGGACGACCACAAGAUUCUCUUGCCACCGAGGGCGAGGGGUACCAUUACACGCAUUGCGGAGGCAGGGAAAUACACGGUGGACGCCAAGAUUUUGGAAAUAGAGUUCAACGGGAAGAAGUCUGAGCACAUGAUGAUGCACACAUGGCCCGUCAGAGUGCCUCGUCCGACAACCGAGAAGCUGGCGGCCGAUAAGCCAUUCAUUGUCGGGCAACGUGUGCUCGAUGCUCUCUUCCCCAGUGUUCAGGGUGGAACGGUUGCUAUCCCAGGUGCCUUCGGUUGCGGCAAGACUGUCAUCUCGCAGUCAGUCUCCAAGUUCUCGAACAGUGACAUCAUUAUCUACGUUGGAUGCGGAGAGCGUGGUAAUGAGAUGGCUGAGGUUUUGAUGGAUUUCCCGGAGCUCUCUAUCGAUAUCAACGGGCGCAAGGAGCCUAUCAUGAAGCGUACAACUCUUAUCGCCAACACCUCGAACAUGCCCGUGGCUGCUCGUGAGGCCUCGAUUUAUACGGGUAUCACCGUCGCGGAGUACUUCCGUGACCAGGGCAAGGACGUUGCCAUGAUGGCUGAUUCUACAUCCCGUUGGGCCGAAGCCCUUCGUGAGCUCUCUGGUCGCCUGGGUGAAAUGCCCGCGGAUCAAGGUUUCCCUGCGUACCUGGGAGCCAAGCUGGCCAGUUUCUACGAGCGUGCUGGUAAGGUGCAGGCAUUGGGUAACCCAGCCCGCGAGGGAAGUGUCAGCAUCGUUGGCGCCGUCAGCCCACCUGGUGGAGAUUUCACCGACCCAGUCACAAGUAGCACCCUUGGUAUUGUCCAGGUGUUCUGGGGUCUCGACAAGAAGCUCGCUCAAAGGAAGCAUUUCCCGUCGAUCAACACGUCGGCCAGUUACAGUAGAUACACGACUGUUCUCGACAAGUACUACGAGAAGGACUACCCGGAUUUCCCACGCCUCCGUGACCGCAUCAAGACGCUACUGUCUGAUUCCGAGGAAUUGGACCAGGUGGUUCAGCUUGUUGGAAAAUCUGCUUUGUCUGACACCAACAAAAUCACCCUUGAUGUUGCACAGCUGCUGAAGGAAGAUUUCCUCCAACAAAACGGAUACUCCGACUACGAUCAGUUCUGCCCUAUCUGGAAGACCGAGUGGAUGAUGAAGGCUAUGAUGGGCUUCCACGACGAGGCACAGAAGGUGAUUUCCCAGGGACAGAGCUGGAACAAGGUCCGUGAGGCAACAAGCGAUCUCCAGUCUCAGCUGCGCAGCAUGAAGUUCGAGGUCCCUAGCGAUGGAGAGGAGGUCAUCGUGGCAAAAUACGAGAAACUCAUCUCGGAUAUGAACGAGAAGUUCGCUUCCGUGGUGGACGAGUAGAUGUAGACUCUCUUGGUUGACUGCUGAGUUAUUGGGCGUGGAGCGAUGCGGGCAUGCUUGCAUUGUAGCAUAGCGCCGAAUGAAGGUUGGUUGUGCUGUUGGGAAGUAGCCGCCGUAUACAUACCGGUGUGAAUUAUUCCGUCGAGAUUAUAAACAAUUUAGAAGCUUUGUUCAUGAGUACUACUGCAUUUUUUUCUCUCUCGCAUGCCCUAUGAACUUGGGAU